AUGGUAUUGUUAGCGCCCCUGAAAAGGCACAGUCCGACCAACGCAAACACAGUCUCCAACGAAGACGCCAACAGCGAUCAACUUGUCUCAACAGUGACACGAAAAAGGGCCAAACAUACCCGCACUCGUCUUGGCUGCGCGACUUGCCGAAUUCGCCAUGUGAGAUGCGGCUUGGAACGACCCUCAUGCCUUCGAUGUAGUUCUACAGGAAGAGUCUGCGACUUUGUCGAAGACUUGAGCAAUGAACGGCGCAGUUCGCUCCUCGCAAAAAGCGCAUACGUAUCAAUCGUACCGCGGCCCAAUCCUAACGAUGCCAUCUAUCAGCUAGCCCCGCAAACCGGUCGCUGGAUCAACUUUUAUCAAGGACACUCAGCUCCUGAGUUUGCUGGAUACUUUGACGUGGAGUUCUGGAGCACCACCAUCUUGCAACUAAGCUACCGAGAACAAUGUGUCCAUCAAAUGCUCGUUGCCAUUGGUUCCCUCCACGAGUCUUUGAAGUCUGGCCUCGCACAACACUCGGACUCGAAUGCCGUUAGCCUGUAUAAAUACGCCGAAGCAGAGUACACGAGAGCUGUCAGUCUCCUCAAUACGCAUAUGACCCAUCGAGGAUGGUCAGCUCUCGAGAUUACACUCGUGUGUUCUAUCCUCGGUAUAAUGUUUGAGUGGCUGCGUGGGGGCUAUCAGGACGCUGUUCGACAUCUUACAAGCAGCUUCAAGAUCCUAUCAACGUGGUUAUCCCACACCGCCCCACCAUCUACCACCACCUUUGGGUCACCAGGAGGCCACCUCAUACGGAGUCAGAUAAAGCCGAUCUUCCAUAUUUUGGUCCUGCAAUCAAGAAUGUUGCCGAUACCCCCCAGCGUGCCACCGAAGCUCGACCUCUUGACUUAUGUUCUUGUGGUUCCGCCAAAAGACACAGGGUCCAAAGGGAGAACGCACCAGGUCGUGGCGGAACCAUUGCGUCAAUGGUCCGACAAAUUUGCAGUCUUCAUCUUACAACAGCCGCAAUUAGCCUCCGAUCCCUGCGUAAAAAUACUAAAAGUAUGGCGCAUUAUCACAGAGAUGAUUUCUAUAUCGCCUUUCUCUUCAGAGCCGGACUCUUCAAAUGGGCUCAUUAUGCAACUCUCUACCUUUUUGGAUGACAUUGAGAGUCGGAAGAUAGCAGUUGACAUAGGAGCGGUUGCGAUCUUCUAUUACACCGCUGCGUACUGCCGUCAUCCUGAAACGCAUUGUCGAGCUAUUGCUUUACUGAAGUCGGCAGGUGGACCAUGGGGCCACCAUGUUGCUAUCAAAGCCCAACAAGAGUACGCCAGAUUAGAGGAUAAUGAUCCGAAACUUGGACCUCUUUGA